GUGUGCAUCCUGCAGACAACUCCAGGCUAGGAUUAAUGCUUGGAUAAACAAAACAACAAAACAAAGGAUUCUUCAGCUGCAGCCGAAGGUAUUGAGUCAGACAACGUAUUGUGACGACAAUGAGGCACUGAGAGUGUAAGCAGAAACCUUGAGUAGGAGUCAAAGUGAUAAAAAGCCUCAUGGGAGCAGUGGUUGAGGCCCCACUGACAAACUGUGACUGAUUUCAUUCUGUGGGAUCAGAAAUGAAGAAUCCUCUAGUUUGGAGUCUGUGUGCAUAAUUUUUUGCCUUCAUCUGCUUGAACGAAGCAAAAACAAAACUCGCCAGAACCCCACACAGACUGCUGAGUGCCACAUAGAGGAAUAGUUAUUCUCAUAAAGGUUUACUUUACAUUACAUCAUUAUGUAUGGGACGAAUAAAUUGGCCCUCUGGGUAAUGACAGGUCUUUUGGCUGUCACCACCGUCUUUUUCAAUGUCUACAUCUUCUUGACGAGUCUGUGGAACUACAAGCAGAAGAAGAAGUGGAGUCCCAGUGAAACUAUCAUCUUGGCUCUGUCGGUGGCUAGCGUGGCCCACCAGCUGGUGUGCUACUUCUGGAUGACCAUGGAUGAGGUGGACAGUAAGUGCCACAUUGCUGGGAUGCCCUACAGCAUCAUGCUGCUGGUAAUCUACAGCCUCAAGUUCACCAUCAUGUGGGACACAGGCUUUCUCACUUUCUACUACAGCACCAAGCUGGUGAACACACCCAAUCAGUGCUACACACAUAUCCAGGCUGUCAUCCUCAAGCACAUCAUCUUAGCUGUUUGUCUUAUCCCUCUGUGUGGCCUGGGCACCUGCAUGCCGAUGCUCGUGGUGUUUCACCCUGACAACUACACCGCAACGAACAGCGACUGCGGAGUUUUACUGCCCGACACCUUCUCUGGCAAGAUCUACGAAGCCACGUACCUGCUCCUCGCUGAUGUACUGCCAGGGGUGCUCAUGGUGAAAUGCUGCAUCUCCAUCUCCGUCCACCUCGCCAUCCAUCUCCGCCACAUGAAAGCCAGCACCAACGGAGCCCAUGGGCCAAAGCUGGGCUCCCAGAUGAGAGUGAUCCAGAUGGCUUUAUCUCUGGUGGCCGUCUUCAUCCUCUUUCUCGUGAUCGACCUGUACGUCAACUACCAGAUAUCGGUGAACCAUGAGAACAUCAUCGUGCUCACGUUCUUCUUCACAUCCAUCUACACGACUGCAACGGCCAUGGUGCUAAUCUACGGGAAAAAGACAUUCUGGAAAUCUCUGAUACAUGAAUAUAAUGUCUGUCUGGAUGAAUAUCCGUGUUUGUCUUGUCUGAAGGUGCCUGAAAAAAAGGAUAAACCCAGCACUCCUGCAAAAGUUAAAACUUGAGGAGCCAAUUUGCUUCUCACUGGCGGUCUUUGUGCUGAAAUCAAUUGGUCAUUGUCUGAACCUAUUAAAAACUUUGAAGUAACUUAUUCUUUUAUCUUUUGCGCCAGCAAUUUCAGUAAUGACUACUGUCCUGCUUUAUCGCUGUUAAUUACAAUUUCUUACAUCAAUAAGGUAUUUUAGCUGUGUUAGAGCAGAGCUGUUCAAGUGAUGCACAGAUCACAGCGGGACAGGUAACCAUCCUUCCAUCCAAAUCACACGCUCAUCAGCCUGCACCUAUGAAUAUUAAUAUUUCAGUAGAACAAAUAAUAGUCAGGCCUGUAAAAUAGAUCCUAAAGCAUGGUUGCCUGGACAUGAUGUAACCCCGUACCCAUCGAAAAAU